UUGGAAGUUUAUUGUUCCUAAAGAUUUAGUUCAAGAGUAGAAUCGCAAGUAAUUGGACGUAUUAAGUUUUUGAGGAACACAAUUUUUCUGCAUCUCUUUUGAAGAUACAGUCCAGAAAUGCGUGCGAUUAGCUUUGUCCUUUUGGGACUAUUCCCAGUGAUGGCUUUCGCCGGCUUCGAAAAUCCCGACUCAAAUCUUCUUAACGGCUUUUCAAGGAUAUUCGAGGGAGAAAAGAACUUUUCAAUUUCCAUGUUGAAACAAGUCCGCAGACACCAACCAAACGGCAACCUCUUCUUCUCCCCAUUCAGCACCUACAACGCCCUCCUCCUGGCCUAUUUUGGAUCCUCAGGAGUAACGGAAAAACAGCUGUACAAUGGACUAAACCUUAAGUGGAGCUCCUCUAAAGAGGCGGUGCGGUCUGCAUAUAGAAUGGAAAAAGUGCAAUCUAGCAUACGAUGGCGCCAAAGUCCACUGACGCUCUCCUCUGCGAACCGCAUCUUCGUGGACGAAUCUGUUAAAGUGCAAAGUAACUUCCAGAACCGCCUUUACGAUGAAAUUAAGAAGAUGGACUUCAGGUACCAACCGGAAAAGGCACUGAGGGAAAUCAAUGACUGGAUCGCCAACAAGACGUACAACCAGAUCCAAGACAUGCUCAAUUCUGAUGAAAUUAAUGAUAGAACCCUGAUGAUCUUGGCCAACGCCGCCUAUUUGAAGGGUGAUUGGAUUAGCCAGUUCGAUGAGCAGCGCACCUCGCAGAAGCCAUUUUACAUGUCAUCCCGUGCACAAGAACCGGUGCCCAUGAUGCAACAGAAGGGCACAUUCAAAAUCAACUACAACGAAGAAUUGCAAGUUCAAUUUCUCGAUAUGCCCUACCGCACCGUUUUUAAAUCGCAAGAAACGCCAUUUUCUACUCCUGGGGAACAAUCCGAUGUUUCGAUGCUGCUUCUUCUGCCCACCUCCUCUGACGUUUCCCUAAAUACUGUUAUUUCCAAGCUGGACCCUGGCACCCUGGAAAAAUUGAUCGAGACUGCGAUGGCGCGCGAGGUCGAAUUGUCAAUGCCCAAGUUCGAGUUCGAGCAACGAAUGGAAUUGACUCCGAUCCUUGGAAAUAUGGGCAUUACCAAUCUGUUUACCAACAGUGCCACCUUCGAGGACCUAACCUCCCAGCGCAUUUCCAUCGAUGAAGCCCAGCACUUGGCCAAGAUUAAGGUGGACGAAAAGGGAAGCACUGCGGCGGCGGCCACUAUUCUUUUCGUCAGUCGAUCGGCUAGACCUGCGGAUCCCUCGCAGUUUAAUUGCGACCAUCCGUUUUUGUUCCUUAUCUACGAUCACAAAGUCAAAUCUAUCCUUUUCACCGGCGUCUACAGCGAUCCUAAAUCCAUGAAGUACUAAAAACAGCUUUAUCUUUUUUCCCGUUUAACGCGAUUUAUUAAAGUGUUAAAUAUUUUAUUUGAA